AUGAUUGAGCUAGAAUUUGAUAACCCGGUGCUGCAGGGGUGCAAAAAUUCUUCCCGUGUCCCAUCCGAAAUGGGUUUCACACCAAUCCGAGGGACAGUCCGUCUCCUCCUAAUUCUCUCCCUUGUACUGGGACUCGAAACUAAGCAAGUUGAUAACACCGCUGCCUUCACUCAUGCACCCAUAGGAGACAAGGAAGUCUUCGGCGAACCCAGAAGAAGGAAAGGGAAGCUGGAAAAUGCAGGAUUCGAAUCUCAAGAAGAAGUUGAUCCAUGUCUCUUUAUUUCAGAUAAAGUUAUCUGCCUUGUUUACGUCAACGACACGUUGUUCUUCAGUCCUAAAGAAGAGUACAUAAACGAAGCAAUUGAGAGUUUGAAAAGUCAAGGUGUUGCAGUGGAAAUCGAAGAUUCUGUUGCUGGAUUUCUUGGAGUCCAUAUCAAACGCGACGAAUCCAACAAGACAAUCAAACUUACGCAAAAAGGACUAACCGAACGGAUCAUUGAAGCCCUCAAUAUUGACCACGAACCUCAGAAGCACACUCCUGCGUUGAAAGAACCCCUUGGAAAAGACGAGAAUGGAGAUCCUGCAAAUGGCAGUUUCUCAUAUGCAAGCGUGAUCGGAAUGGCCUUGUAUCUUUGCGGACAUUCUCGUCCGGACAUACAAUUUGCCGUGUCUCAAUGUGCGCAAUUCAUCCACGGGACUAAGCGCUCGCACAUAAAAGCGCUCAUCAGAAUUGGGCAAUAUUUGAAAUCAUCAGUAAAUGAAGGCCUAAUCUUGCGACCGACCGAUUCAUUUGACAUUGAAUGUCAUGUCGAUGCGGAUUUUGCCGGUCUUUAUUCAGUUGAAGACGUUAUGGAUCCUACAUGCGUCAAGUCAAGAACUGGAUACGUCAUCUCGGUCUGUGGAUGCCCUGUGGUUUGGGUGUCAAGACUACAAACAGACAUUGCCACUGCCACUAUGGAAGCGGAAUACAAUGCGCUGUCUAUGGCAAUUCGUGAUAUCUUACCUCUACGAAGAGUUUUCAAGACGGUAGCUCAAGGACUCGGGCUAUCCAACAAAACAGCCACCUCUCUAAAGACAACUGUGUGGGAAGACAAUAUGGGAUGUCUAAAACUUGCUCGCCUCAAGCCUGGACAAUACACCCCAAGAUCCAAACGCUAUGAUAUCAAGUAUCACUGGUUCCGAUCUCACGUUUCGUGUUCCACAAACAACAUAUCGGUUGAAUAUAUCGAAUCAGAAGCUCAGAAGGCCGAUAUUCUCACGAAGGGACUUACCUUGGACAAGUUCCGCGCCAUUCGAAAACUACUCUGCGGAUGGUAA